AGUUUGCUAUCAAAACGAUACCGAUGUUCAUCUGCGACAAUGCAGCUUGCGACAAAAAUUUUAAUAUGUUCCGUGAUUGGUCUAGUCGGUACUGUAAUGAUGUCUUUCAUUUUAUUCGAGUCGAUGGUUAAAUUUGGUAUAAAGGAUCAAACAGCAUUGAGGAAAAGAAAUGAAAUGCGUUCAAUCUACCUACAGAUACCAUUUCCUCUAAAUUUCAAGAUAUAUUUUUUCAACGUAACAAAUCCAGAGGAAGUGACGAAAGGAGAGAAACCCAAAGUGCAAGAAGUAGGACCGUACGCUUAUGAUGAAUGGGUUAGCAAAGUGGAUGUUGUUGAUGACAAUGCGGAGGAUACCUUAGCAUAUAGCCCCCUAAACAAAUUUGUCUAUAAUGAGAAUAAAACAGGAAAGGGUUUCAGCCAGGAUGAUAUUGUUACAGUUUUGCAUCCAGUUAUAGUGGGGGCUGUAAUAAGUGCAUCGGAAAGUUCGCCAGCUUUGCUUCCAAUUCUAGCUAAAGCUAUAAAAUCAAUUUUUCGCGAUCCUGAGUCAAUGUAUUUAACGGAUAAAGUAAGAAAUAUACUUUUCGAUGGAAUGGUUGUGAACUGCAGCGUCUCCGAUUUUGCUGGCAAAGCUGUUUGCUCCCAACUGAAAACGCAAUUGCCAGGAUUGACUGAGAUAGAGAAGAACAUUUUCAAAUUUUCUCUAUUAGGACCUAGAAAUGAUACACUGGGACCUAGAACCAAAGUCAAACGGGGCAUUCGUAAUUCCAAAGAACUAGGCAGCCUUGUCGAAUUCGACGGAAAAAAACAAUUGGACAUGUACGACUCAAAAGAAUGUAACAAAUUUCACGGAACAGAUGGAUGGAUUUUUCCUCCUGGAUUGGAUACAGAUGAGGGAAUCUGGACUUUCUCUGGCGAUCUGUGCAGAAAUGUUAAGGCCAAAUUCGUCGAGCCGAUGCCGUUCAAAGGACUACCAACUGAUUAUUAUGAAGGCGACCUUGGAGACCAACAGAAUGAUCCUGACGAAAAAUGCUACUGCCCAACUCCAAAAACCUGCUUGAAGACAGGACUGUAUGACCUCAGCAAAUGCAUGGGAGUUCCAAUAAUAGCCUCGUUACCCCAUUUCUUGAAAGCGGACGAGUCUCUGCUUGAAGGGGUAGAAGGCGUACAUCCGAAUAAUUCAGCUCAUGUCAUCUCUAUAAUUUUUGAAAGGACUCUUGGUACACCAGUAAAAGCAGCAAAAAGGAUUCAGUUCAAUUUUCAAAUAAAGCCCAAUCCCAAAGUAGCAGUUAUGAACAAUGUUCCUGAAGUUCUUCAUCCAUUUUUAUGGUUAGAAGAGAGUGUAGAACUAGAAGGAGCACUAUUGAAGAAAGUACAAAUGGUUUUCAUUCUGAAGAAAGCAAACACCUAUAUUCGGUGGUUGAUCCUUCUUGCUUGUCUUGGAGGUAUUGGGUUUUCAGUAUACCUAUACUAUCAAAAUAAAGAUAAAGGCGUCAUAACUCCUAUUCAUAUGAUCAAUAAAAUAAUGGGUAAUAAUGAAGACGAAGUGAAGGAAUUCAACAGUGGCGCAUCCAGUGCCAAAAGUAACGUGUCUCAUAAAUCAGAUAAAUCGCGUUACAAUAAUCCAGCUUUCAUAAAUGAUAAUGGCUUGACAAAUAGAACAAAAUUUUGAAACAGUUAAGAUUUCUUUGCUAGAAAAAUGAUACAAAAUAAUAAAUACUGUACAGUGUAAAUCUUUUCAUUUGUUUAUAAUAAUAAUAAUGAAAGUGAAGAUUAUACGAUAACAGGAAACCUUUUUGAGUUACUUUUCCAGUCAUGAAUUUAUAUAGUAGGAUAUAUCUUGAAGUGCAUCGAAUUAUUUUUGUUCACUACGAUAGAUAACUCAAUCUUCAAUUUCUGAACUGGUGGCGAUAUAUGUCAUUAAAUCUAAGCGAAAUAAUAAAGAUUUAUUGGUUUAAGUACAAUAUCAAAAAUUUCAUUUUGAUGGUUGAUUUAUAUUGACAAUGAUUGUGAUAACUAAUAUAAUUAGAUAUAUUUAAGUACCUAUAAUGUAUUAUGCUAGGUGAAUAAAAAUGUGGAUAUAGAGGCUAUUAGCAAAUAAUUUUAAAUUGAAUUGUUAAUAUUAUUUAAUAAACAAUGAUUGAUUAUGACCUAUGAAAAACUAUAUUAUCACAUAAUAAAAUAUAGUACUUAACGAAUUGUAGAUUCUGCAACAUAUUGUUCUUUUUGUGUAUUAUUUAGAAAAAAUAUUACUGUAGACAAUAAAUUCAU